UUUGAUUUAUUAUUAUGAUAUGAGUGUUCCUCUAAAAUCACUUUUAAAUAAUUAUUAUUUGAAUAUUUAACAAGUGUAGGACAUAAUUUUUACAACUGCAAGAAAACAAUACUAACCAUGGCUGACGCUAAGUCUAGUAAUCAUAAGAGUCUCCUAGACCAAUUCACAGCAGAAAAUAUAGACUGUACUGCUACGGCCACUAAAGUAUUGGACGAGUUGAGGAAGAGGAACCCCCUUGCCUACAGUUUGUACUGCCGUGUCCUGAGGCCCAUGCGCUAUGCAGGUGGAACGGACAGCUAUCAUUUUGUAAUACCAGGUUACCCCAUAAACACAUUUGGCGAUGAUUGGAAUGGAGAACUGAAUCUAGACUAUUUUGAACCGUUUCCUUACAGAAGUCAUUCACCUAAAAUGAUAACGCCCAUGAAAAAUGUUCACCAAACCGACCCAGUCACCAGUAUCUUAAUGAAAAAAUAUAAUUGGAGUAAGGUGUCUAAGCUGAUGAAAACCAUGCGUACUACAAAAAAGGUGAUGGAAAGUUACGAGCAACUGAACGAAGACGUGGUUCAAUGUCCUCAAUAUCUGGUGAACCUCGCCGCGCAUCUGGACAGCGAACCGGAGCCGUACUUCCACGCGCCCUACAACUGGCACUACGCCGGCCACGGCAACUUGCAGCCGGUGUGCCUCCACUGCGCCGACUACUUGCUGCACAGCCAGUUCACUACAGUUUAUUUAUCAGAGUUCAACAAAAAUACCCUCGCUAUAAACAUGGACCAUGUCGCUAGUUUUGACUGCGGGGAAGGGAACGAUAUACUCGAAACUAUUAUCUCUUCACAAAACAUUGUAGUUUUAAGGACGAAACAUAAGAUUUUCAUUUUAAAAUUAAUAAAUACAGAUGAAAGUAUGACACUCGAGAAACUGAAAUGUAUCAAAUCUGAAGAAUUCCAAUACACAGGUGUAUCAUUCGACAAUUUCCAUAGAAACAUACUUUAUAUCACGACUUUAGACUAUAAGCUAAGUAUCAUCAAUUUAGAUAGAAUGAAAGCGAGAAGUGUUCAGCUAAAAGCCAAAGUGCCCACUCUAGUCAAUAACUGGAACACGGUUAUCAGUUCGGAAAGAGGAUUUUAUAUUCACGCUGGGAGGAGUUCCAUAUCGAUCUACGACAAGUCGUCGAAUGAUAUGGUUCAUGUGUGGAAAGACGUAAAAUGGAUUGUAGACGAGGUCAACUGCAACGAUAUAAGCGCGGCUGAGCAUUUCGAAGAGAGCAAAUCGCUGUAUUUCGGCACAGAUCAUCAUUUGUUUUUAAUGGAUUUGCGUUCUAUCAAAAAAACCCCUAGCGUCGUCCAGCGUUGGACGCACGGCAUGGAAAGUGCACCUUUGUAUUUGAAGAAUUGUAACUUUGGAUUUGGCAAAGAAUUAAUUUGUCUGUGCAGUCAGUGGUGCGAGGAUUUGUGCGUGGUGCCCAAUUACACGGACCGAAUUAAGGACACGAACUCCAACGGUGUGACAAUUCCGUAUCGACCUCCGAGCAUAUUCAGCGCGUUGAGAGAAGCGAGGUGGAGCAUGCACUGUCUCGACAUCUACAACCCGAUAGAGCCUCGACUCGUCACAGCUAUCACUGGCUGCCUGAUGUUCGAGCGAGACGAAAACUACGAGAUCCUCAUGCAGAACUCCUUCGGCGAUAUCUCGUGCCACACGCUGUACCCGGAGCAUUUCGAAUCGUUCAUAGAGGAUGACAGCGCAGAGAAGCUGUACGAAUGGACUAAAGCAUACGAAGCAGGGAAUAAAGUUUUAGAAGUAUCCUCGGUGGAUAAUAUGGCACGUUUUUGGAAGAAGUUGAGAAAAGUACCUGACGGGUAUAAAGUUUUUUCUUAUGCCAAAAAGCCGAAGAGUAAGUUCGAUGAAAAGGAAAUUGAGUCGAUUUUCGAGGAGGAGGAGGUAGACGUCGGCUUGCAGGAAGCGUGGGCGGGAGGCGUAGGGACGACAGUCGAGGAGCCCCUCGCACGCAAUGUGUAUUUUGCUGAUGAAGAGUGAUACUUCUGACAUACUUAAACACGAAAAACUCUUCAAAUUUGGCUUAUUCCAUUCACCCACCCUAAAAUGUGGAACGCCCUUCCGGUGUACGUGGUCCUAAAUACAUACCUUCGAGGCAAGAGUAGAGUGGAGAGAACGGUUACAAGCUCUUACCUAGACCUCACUGCUUUUGCAUGAUUGUCGUCAAACGCAAGCCUGUCACGUAAUAAAAAAACAGCCAAGGGAUUUCAAGUAAAAUAAUACCCUAGCGUAGUUGAUUUAGGAAGGAUAAACGGAAUAACCCGAAACUUUAAUCACGAAAUAUCUAGAUUGAACUGUUACAAGUUACACACUUACAACACAGACAGUGGCAUUGCUAUUUUUAUACCAAAACAAUAUUUCAAUAAAAUUUAAAUCAAAUACAUAUUUUUAUUUGGAUAGUAAAUAAAUAUAUUUCAUUUUUUUUAGGGUUCCGUACCAUAAAAGGAAACACGGAACCCUUCGGAAUAGGAUCACUUUGUUGUCUGAUAUAUAUAUUGCUGUCAAUACAACUGAAACCACUAGGUCUAGAAACUUGGGCAUGCUAGGUUUCGCUAUCCCCACCACUUACUGAGGAUUUAAAAAAAAUUCAACAGUAUCUUUAGAAAACCUAACACUAAUUAUAUAAA